AAAUUGACGUCUGACUGGCAUUAUCAUUAUUACUAAACUAAAAUGGAAUGUUGUGGCAACAAAGACGAGAAAACGACCACAUCAUCCAACCGCUCCCCGCCCCCGCCUCCCUGCAUCUCGAAACACCCCCACCCAAACACGGCAGCGACGUCGCCGUCCUAUCUCCGAUGGAUUACGAUUUCGAAGCCCUAGCAUGCAAGGACGUCCUCCGGACCAUAUUCGAGGCCCUCCCUCUGGCCGACCUAGCCCGGGCCGCCUGCGUGUGCCGGCUGUGGUUCUUGUUGGCUUCCGAUCGCGAGCUGCAGACGAGGGCCUUCAGAUCGCCGUGGAAGCUGAAGGAGGUGGUCGGAAACCCCAGCUCCGCUGCAUUCUGGAGAGAAAAUGGUCUCGGCCGGUUCGCGAUUUCGCACCUGUUGGUUCGCGGGGACUCUGUGGCCAGCCUCGCCGUCAAAUACUCCGUUCAGGUUAUGGAUAUAAAACGCUUGAACAAUAUGAUGAGCGAUCACGGCAUAUACUCAAGGGAAAGGUUGCUAAUCCCUGUGAGCAACCCAGACCUUCUGAUUGGGGGCACCUGCUACAUUGAGCUGGAUGCCUAUGCUAAGAGGGAAGUGGCGGUUAUCUAUCUCGAGGGUGGCCCUGACCCGAAGGUCAACUGUCCCAACAGGGCAUCCUCUGAUCAAGGCAAGAGAAGGAUCAUUGACUCGCUGAAGAGGAGCAUGCAGGUUGAUGAUGGAACUGCUCAAUAUUACUUAUCAAUUUCAGACGGCGACCCCCGUGCUGCACUUAUGGAAUUCUCGGAGGAUCUGAGGUGGGAGAGGCAGGCUGGAUUGGCCUAGAAUGGGAGUACAAUCAAACAGUAAGGCUCUGUUUGCUUGACCAAAGUAUUGGUGAAGUUAUAUUCUCGCAUUGGAUACGUAGUCUAUUAGUAUAUAUUUUGAUCUUGUAAUGCAUGCCAUGUGGGAUAUCAUGUCUGAAGCGUAUAUAAUCCUUGAUGCAAAUUUCCAAUCCAAAGAUAGGAAUAUGUGGUCCCUUUAGAUUUAUGGUCCAAUCAGAUGUUUUAACUGGACAAAUGAGGCCUUACUGGAGAAGCUUGGACUUGUUUGAUAUUGCUGAAACACGGUGAAGGAAGCUGGGGGAAUACUAUUAAUGUACCGGAACUCUCUUGUGCAUCUCCAUUCUGUAGUGUAUAACUUACCCGUGGAAGAAUUAUAGUAUAUCAUUUGGUUGUAUGCUACCCAUUAAGCUGGAUUAAGUUCAAAUUUCUGGCACUCCUUCUGUUCUGUUGUAAAACCUGAGAUGCAACUUUUUAAUCAGUUAAAUUUCGAGAGACUGAUCUUUGUCAA